UAAUUAAAUAUAGAUAAUUAAAUGAUGGUUUAAGCUUAAAAAUUCUAAGAUGAUGCUAGUGGAACCUUAAAGAUGUUCAAUGCAAGGAUUGCUAAAUAUUAACUAUCAAGCAGUAAAGAUGAACAUUCAUGGUCUUAUAACAGAAUUUUCAGAUGUAGCAAUAUAAUAUGUUUAAUUAUAUUAAAAUAAAUGAACAAUUAUCAAGAUGAAGAAAGCGGAUUCAAAAUAUAAGAAAAAAUCUAUACUUGGGGUCGUUUCCUAUUAUUCUUCUUAACAGGUGUAAUCCUGUUGAUAGUUUCAUUCCCUUUUUCUGGGUUUUUGCUCAUCAACCCCUAUCCGUUUGUGCUGCUAUUUUCAUUAGGAUCAUUACUCAUUUUGAUAGCCAUUAUUUAAGUUACUGAAUACAAAACCAUCUUUAGUUAAGCUGGAACUGUUGUAUACUUUAUAGCUUUAUUGGGUGGUCUUUACACAGGAGUAUUUAAGAUUGGAUAUUUGACAACCCUAGGAAUAAUGGUCAUCUAAAUUUUAGCUCUUCUGUAUUUGAUGGCUGCCCUUUUACCAGGUGGAUAGGCAGGACUUAAAAAUUAUGUGCUCUCAAAAAUCAAAACAUGAUUUUAUAUAUGAAU